CUUCUUUUGAAGCCAAAGCAGAUCACCGUUUACCAUCUUAACUUAUCAGUCUAUCUCUCACUCACAAAACAAUACCGUAUAACAACUCUACUGUCUAAUAGUCUAUCUUUGAACCUUCAAAGCUCCUCAAAUCAUGUCUCAUUCGAAUGGUAAUGCUUCCAAUGGACACCACGCAAAUGGAAAUGGAUCAGUACCACUCCCUUCUGACACCCUAAGCCCUACUUCACCGGAUUUCAGGCAAAUGUCCAACGUCAACGAGUACAUCACCUCACCUACUUCCCCAAAUCACUCUGCCGGACCAAACCUUGGUAGAUGGUCACCUCACACACCUUCAUCUGACAACACCAGACCCCGGGAUGUUGGAAUCUUGGCCAUGGAUGUUUAUUUCCCUAAACGGUGUGUUUCACAACCCGAUCUUGAAAAAUUCGAUCAAGUGGCCGCUGGAAAAUAUACCAUCGGUUUAGGUCAAGAGCGCAUGGCGUACUGUGACGAUCGUGAAGAUAUCAAUAGUUUCCUUUUGACAGUGACCCAAUCUUUGUUACAAAAGUACGAUAUUGAUCCUCGAUCAAUUGGUAGAAUUGACGUUGGAACCGAAUCCAUCAUUGAUAAAUCAAAAUCAGUCAAAACUCUACUUAUGGAUCUUUUUGCUACAUCCGGAAACACCGAUAUCGAAGGAAUUGACUCCAAAAACGCUUGUUACGGUGGUACUGCCGCUCUCUUCAACGUGAUCAAUUGGGUCGAGGGAAGCAGCUGGGAUGGACGAUACGGUCUCGUCGUUGCAGGUGACAUUGCAGUCUAUGCCGACGGUCCUGCUCGACCAGUUGGUGGGGCUGGAGCAGUUGCUAUGCUCAUCGGUCCCAAUGCACCUCUUGUGUUUGAGCCCACACACGGCACCCACAUGAUCAAUUCAUGGGACUUUUACAAGCCUGAACUCGCUUCGGAAUUCCCCGAGGUAGACGGGCCACUUACUUUAGUAGCUUACCUGUCAGCCUUGGACAACGUCUAUGACCGAUACAGGGAAAAACGAUGCAAAAAACUCGGGUUGAAGCCCUCAAGCGCUGAUCAGGAUCCUAAGGCUCAACUUCAGUUAGAUUAUUUUGAUUACGUAGCCUUCCAUGGACCUUACGGAAAAUUGGUGCAAAAGGCCGCUGCCCGUCUCUUAUACCUAGAUUUUUUGAGCGACCCUGAUAACAAAAAAUUCGAAGGAGUCGAUAAGGCCUUGGCAUCCAUGCCUCGCUCUAAGACUUAUAGUCACAAGGACCUCGAGAAGACAUUCUUGAAGCUUGGAAAAGAAAUGUACGACACAAAGGUAGUCCCUACCACCAAAUGCAUGAAACAACUCGGAAACAUGUACACGGCUUCGCUUUACGGUGGAUUAGCGUCUCUUCUUGAUUCAGUUGAAGACGCAUCGAGCUUUGUGGGUAAGAAGAUAGCCAUGUACAGUUAUGGUAGUGGGUUGGCUUCUAGUUUUUUCGAAAUCUCUGUCAAGGGUGACGUGAGUGAGAUCAAACAAAAGAUGAACUUGAGCAAGAGGCUAGAAGAAAUGACCGUGAGCUCGUGUGAAGAAUGGCAAAAAGCUCUUCAUUUGAGAGAAGAAAAGCAUAACAUCAAGGACUACACACCUACAGGUGAACUUACUAACUUGUGGCCUGGACAAACUUACCUAGAAAGUGUUGAUAAGACGUGGCGCAGAACCUACCGUAGCACAUGAUAAAUCCUUACCCACUCACUAAAAAACCAAUCCUCCUAUACUAUACGUGUCAAAACUCAAUCCCUUUGGAAAAAAACACCGAAACACGAUAUAACUAGUCUCGUAAAUUAUUGUUAUAAAAAAAUAAAAAUCAUGAUUCUAUACGACACUAUGCUCUAUAUAUACUCUUUCUUUCUUUCUUGCUUGCUUUACCACUGAUAGUAUUCAAUUAAAUCUCAUAAUGGCCAAAUUUGACUUGGCUUCAAUGAAACCC